AACACCUGUGAUUACGAACAGCCCGUCGCACAAAAAAUCUCAGAAGCUCUUUGCUUUUCUCUGCGGUUGGAUCUUUAAUUUUCUCUACGGUUCUUUGCUUGUUCGAUUGGUUGAAUCCCUGCGGUUGCAAUGGCGGGAAAGGGAGAGGGGCCGGCGAUCGGGAUCGAUCUCGGAACCACUUACUCGUGCGUCGGUGUUUGGCAACACGAUCGUGUCGAGAUCAUCGCCAAUGAUCAGGGCAACCGGACGACGCCGUCUUACGUGGCGUUUACUGACACGGAGAGGUUGAUCGGCGAUGCGGCCAAGAACCAGGUCGCGAUGAACCCCGUCAACACCGUCUUUGAUGCCAAGCGGUUGAUUGGUAGGAGAUUCUCUGACCCGUCUGUCCAGGGUGACAUGAAGCACUGGCCUUUCAAGGUCAUUCCCGGCCCCGGUGACAAGCCCAUGAUUGUUGUCAUAUACAAGGGCGAAGAGAAGCAGUUCGCUGCCGAAGAAAUAUCCUCCAUGGUUCUUGUCAAGAUGCGUGAGAUUGCUGAGGCCUAUCUUGGCUCAUCUAUAAAGAAUGCCGUUGUUACUGUCCCGGCUUACUUUAACGACUCUCAGCGUCAGGCCACGAAGGAUGCUGGGGUCAUUGCCGGCCUUAAUGUUUUGCGUAUUAUCAAUGAGCCUACCGCUGCCGCUAUUGCAUAUGGUCUUGACAAGAAGGCAACCAGCGUUGGCGAGAAGAAUGUCUUGAUUUUCGAUCUUGGCGGAGGUACUUUUGACGUCUCCCUGCUCACAAUUGAAGAGGGUAUCUUUGAAGUGAAGGCAACUGCCGGAGACACCCACUUGGGAGGAGAAGAUUUUGACAACAGAAUGGUGAAUCACUUUGUUCAAGAGUUCAAGAGGAAGCACAAGAAGGACAUCAGCAGCAGCCCAAGAGCUCUUAGGAGGUUGAGAACUGCUUGUGAGAGAGCAAAGAGGACUCUCUCCUCCACUGCUCAGACCACAAUUGAGAUUGAUUCUUUGUACGAGGGUGUUGAUUUCUACUCAACCAUUACCCGUGCUAGGUUUGAAGAGCUUAACAUGGAUCUCUUCAGAAAGUGUAUGGAGCCCGUUGAGAAGUGUUUGCGAGAUGCAAAGAUGGACAAGAGCUCGGUCCAUGAUGUUGUGCUAGUGGGUGGUUCCACUAGGAUUCCGAAGGUACAGCAGUUAUUACAAGACUUCUUCAAUGGCAAGGAGCUAUGCAAGAGCAUCAACCCAGACGAGGCUGUUGCUUAUGGUGCCGCCGUGCAGGCUGCCAUCUUGAGCGGUGAGGGUAAUGAGAAGGUGCAGGAUCUAUUGCUUCUGGAUGUCACUCCUCUGUCCCUUGGUUUGGAGACUGCCGGAGGUGUGAUGACUGUGUUGAUUCCAAGGAACACUACUGUUCCAACCAAGAAGGAGCAAGUGUUCUCUACCUACUCAGACAAUCAGCCCGGUGUCUUGAUCCAAGUAUAUGAGGGUGAAAGGACAAGGACUCGCGAUAACAACUUGUUGGGAAAAUUUGAGCUUUCUGGCAUUCCUCCUGCUCCAAGGGGUGUUCCUCAAAUCACUGUCUGCUUUGAUAUUGAUGCCAAUGGUAUAUUGAACGUCUCGGCUGAAGACAAGACUACAGGGCAGAAGAACAAGAUUACCAUCACCAAUGACAAGGGAAGAUUGUCGAAGGAAGAAAUUGAGAAGAUGGUUCAAGAGGCUGAGAAGUACAAGUCAGAAGAUGAGGAGCACAAGAAGAAGGUGGAGGCCAAGAAUGCUCUGGAGAAUUACGCCUACAACAUGAGGAACACGAUCAAGGAUGAUAAGAUUGCAUCCAAGCUCGAUGCAGCUGACAAGAAGAAGAUUGAGGAUGCAAUUGACCAGGCCAUCCAAUGGCUUGACGGAAACCAGCUUGCUGAGGCUGACGAGUUUGAGGACAAGAUGAAGGAGCUGGAGAGCAUCUGCAAUCCGAUCAUUGCCAAGAUGUACCAGGGUGGUGCUGGUGGACCUGAUGUUGGUGGCGGCAUGGAUGAAGAUGUUCCUCCUGCUGGUGGCAGCGGUGCUGGUCCCAAGAUCGAAGAAGUUGAUUAAGCGGUUUUUGUCGAUCCACGAUGUGUUUUGAAGGAAGUGGUGGGGGUGAAGCUAGUGAUCGUGUAUUUUAAGUUUAAGGUUUGAAAUCGUUUUUACUUUUAUGAGAUUUUAAAAAAUCCAAGAUGUAGGAUGUUUCUUGGUCAUUUUGUUGAACACCGUAUCCCUGUAUUUUGCCAAUGAAGCCUAUUUACUUUCUAAAUUAUCUCUUAGAUUUUACUGUUUGAUCAUGCCCUCAUGGUCAAAUUGCUGCUUGUUUGUUUGUCUUUACUAUGUUAUUUUUACCUGUUUACCGUCUC